CGGUGAUCCGACUCGCGAGCGCGGCUGUGCGGAAGUCUUUUCAUCCCUGCUGCUGCCGCCGCGAACACCAGGGGCUCCGAGUCCUGCUCAGCUCUCCUCCUCAACUUUACAACAAAAAACAACAACAACACGUUUUCGUUUUCUACUUUGAGUUCCUGUUCGCGUCCGUUACCGUCGUCCUUUACAGGGUGAUGGCAAGACCAAGCCACAGUGAUCAUGUCCUGCAGCAGCUCAACAACCAGCGGGAAUGGGGCUUCCUAUGCGACUGCUGCAUCGCCAUCGGCGACAUUUACUUCAGGGCCCACAAGGCUGUGCUGGCAGCCUGCAGCUCCUACUUCAGGAUGAUGUUCAUCCGAGACCAGCAGGGCACGGCGCGCCUUGAUCUCAGCAACAUGCAGAUCAGCGCAGAGUGCUUCGACCUCAUCCUGCAGCUCAUGUACCUCGGCCGCAUCGUGGUGGGACAUUAUGAGUUCGAAGAACUGAAGUCGUCUAUGGCUUAUCUGCAGAUGUACUACAUCCCUGACUCGCUGGAGGAUCUCCGAGACAUCCGUGCAUCGAAUCUUACUCCCUCUUCUUCAGCUUCCUCGUCGUCAUCCAGCUCCUCUUCUUCCUCCAGCGUGGUAGGAGGGAAGAUGAUGUUUGGCGUUCGCAUGUUUGAGCAUCAGAGGCCAAGUCCUGCUAAAAGUGACCAUGUGUCUAAAAUUUCAAACCCAGCUACUCAGCAAAACAUUAACAUAUCUACUGUAAGGCCCGUUGAGGAUGUGGUUCUUCCGCUUCCUCCAGUACACUCUGAGAAUCUUGCAGAGCAACCGUGUGAUCUAAGAAAGAGGACCUCGGGCCGAAGCGCCACCUUGAAAGAGCGUCCCCGGUUUGGACGCACUUACACGUGCGACGACUGUGGGUUUGUCUUCAGCUGUGAGAAGCUUCUCAUCGAACACAUCCUCACAUGCACAAACCGCAAGGCAUACCAAACCCCAAAGGUCAGCAAAGCGACCGACAGCGACUCCAGCAAAGGUGAAAGCUCGGCUUCUGAAGGAACCGGAGACCAGAGAGCGGUUUGUAAAGGUGAGGAAGACUGGCCCGACCACAAGUCUGACACCGAAUCUGUCAUCAGAUCCAUUGCCACUGGGAUGGACAACGAUUCCGCGUCCAACAUAAAGAUCAAAGUAGAGCAGGAAGAAGACUCGGAUACUGAGAUGGAAAACAUGAACGUGGUCCAGGUCAGCAACCACAGCGUGGGGAGCUGCAAAGUACGCCGAAGAACGUUCAGAACCAAUGUCGAAGAUAACAUGAGAUUUGACAGCGAGGAAGAAGCAGGAGUUUCUGCCAUAGAUGAUGGUGCACUGGAAGGCCACAGUAAGGGUCCGGAAGCAAAGGUUUGCCGGGUUAAAGAGGAGAAGCAGGAUGGAGAUUGCACUCCGUGCGAGCUGUGUGGGGCCUUGCUAACCGAGGAGGAUCAAUCUGCUCAUUACAUCUCCAGCCACAUGGGACACAUAUGUGCCUGUGGAAGGUGUGGUCAGGUUCUGAUUAAAGGCAGGCAGCUGCAGGAACAUGCCGAGCGCUGCGGGGAACCUCAGUGCACUGAAACCGAUUCCCCGGGUGAAGAGAGCCCUUUACCGGAAGACGCACAGGCCAUGGAGGAAGGCUUGAUCGAAGGUGCAGACUUGGGCUUCCGUUGUCCUCUUUGUGGCUUGAUCUUCGAGACUGAAAGCCUGGCCGUGGAGCACACGUUGGCCUGUCCUGAGCAGGACUCCUUCCGUCCUGCCACGAUGGAAGACGAGCCGGACCACCGGCGCAAGCACUUCUGCGCCAUCUGCGGCAAAGGGUUCUACCAGCGCUGCCACCUGCGGGAGCACUACACCGUGCACACCAAGGAAAAACAGUUCAUCUGCCAGACCUGCGGAAAGCGGUUUCUACGCGAGCGCCAGCUUCGGCUGCACACCGACAUGCACAAGGGGAUGGCACGCUACGUGUGCCCCGUGUGCGAUCAAGGCACCUUCCUGAAGCACGACCACGUGCGCCACAUGAUUUCCCACCUGUCGGCCGGAGAGACCAUCUGCCAGGUGUGCUUCCAGAUCUUUCCCAGCAGCGAGCACUUGGAGAAGCACAUGGACGUUCACCUGUACAUCUGCGGCGUGUGUGGGGAGAAGUUUCGUCUUCGCAAAGACAUGCGAAGCCACUACAACCUAAAGCACACCAAGAGGCAGUAAAAGGGGAAGAGGGUAUCAUGUGAUUCAUUGUUGUUGUUGUUGUUGUUGUUGUUGUUGUUGUUGUUUUUUUUCUUCCUUUUUAAAUAAGCCAUUACUUGUGAUAAAUGUGAGAAAUCUAUGCACUUAGACACCAAAUAACCUAUAAAGCUGCACUUUUUAAUGGUAUGCAUAAUCCAGGUGUUGUUGAAUUCAGUGCCUCGAGCUGUAGGCACACUUUAUUUGUUAAAUCUCAUUUCAUUUUACUCUACGUGUAACAUUUAACGACUCACCAGUUUCAAUAUUCUACACAAGAUUGACUGGUAAACCGGUCCAUUUUCAUUUGAUGAUCAAUUUUCCUGCUUGACUUACAGAAGUUAAGUAUUAAGCCAGCUUUACACUGUACGAUUUUCGCUCAGCUCUUCGUUGUUACGUCUAUCAUAAAAAGUUCCUAACGUGAGGAUUUAGUGCCAUCACGACCAACGUCAGCGUUCUGUCAAUCGCUGCUAGGACAUUUGUUUAAAAUCCACCAAUUGGAGGACCACGUAAGAAGCCGCCGAUGUAGACGGGUACGUUCAUCUUCAUUCAUACCUCAAGCUAUUUGUGUUUAUGCGAGUCCGUAUUCUACACCAGCGACUCUGACUGACGACAUAAGCGGAACGUAAUCGUUUUCUUUAACGGUACAUCAAGCGUUAGAGGAUCUUCAUCGCACCACCAGACGUGGAGAACACCCGUUAUCUGUCUGUUCUAGAAUUCGGAUGAGAGUUUAUUGGGGUCUCGUACAGCGCGAAAAUGUAUAAUCUCGUCACGCUGCUGAAAUCGUACGGUUUAAAACCAGCUUUAGCAGGACUCUUUUUUUUUGGUGCUGUGGGGUUGUUUUGUUUGGGGUUUUUUUUUUUUUCCAUUUUCUGUUCCUUUUUAUUAUUAUUGUUGUUGUUAUUAUUAUGAAUAUUUUGACUGAUAGUACAUCUUUUCAAAUCUUUUCAGGUGUACCUCUUUAUAGACCAUAUUCUCUAAGCCUUGACUCAAAGGCUGUUUAGCAUUAAGGUAUACUGUAUAAGUCCUUUUUUUUUUUUUUUUUUUUUUU